GUCUAGCGUUCAGCAAGUACUCCAAAAAUCUCCCAAAGUCUAAGGAGAGAAGGAAACAGAGGGGAAGGAAGGAGGACCGUUUGAAUCCCAUAAAGCCAAGCCCUCUUUCUUUCUUUUUAUUUCGUCGGAGUAUUCUUCUUCUUUCUUCUCCUUCUUCUUCUUUUUCUUCUUCUUACUUGGAUAUUAAUAUCUGCGUCACUCUCUGAGAUCUAUCUCAACCGACAGAUCCUUUUUCUUGUGCUUGUAUAACCGCAAGUGCAAGAGUCGGCCGGUGAGAUGAGAUCGGAAGAAAAAGUAAUGGAGGGGGAGAAAAAACCUUCGGCGUUGUCGGAUGUGGGUGCUUGGGCGAUGAACGUGAUAAGUUCAGUCGGAAUCAUCAUGGCCAACAAGCAGCUUAUGUCGCCCAAUGGUUAUGCUUUCAGCUUUGCCACAACUCUCACUGGGUUCCACUUUGCUGUAACUGCAUUAGUUGGAAUGGUGUCCAAUGCGACAGGUUACUCCUCGUCAAAACAUGUUCCUCUCUGGGAACUCCUUUGGUUCUCAAUUGUUGCCAAUACGUCUAUUACUGGGAUGAAUUUGAGCCUCAUGUUGAACUCUGUUGGCUUUUACCAGAUCUCAAAACUGAGCAUGAUACCAGUAGUUUGCUUAAUGGAGUGGAUCCUUCAUAACAAGCGUUAUUCAAGGGAGGUUAAGUUGUCUGUUGUGGUUGUGGUCAUAGGUGUGGGUGUUUGCACCGUAACCGACGUCAAAGUUAACGCCAAAGGUUUCUUAUGUGCCUGCAUAGCAGUAUUGUCUACAUCAUUGCAACAAAUUUCGAUAGGUUCCUUACAGAAGAAGUAUUCGAUUGGAUCUUUUGAACUAUUGAGCAAGACUGCUCCAAUUCAAGCGCUCUCUCUUCUUUUGCUUGGUCCUUUCAUUGACUACUAUCUUACUGGGAAAUCUAUUGCGAACUACAAAAUGUCUUCUGGUGCCACUAUAUUCAUUAUUCUUUCCUGCUCCCUAGCAGUGUUCUGUAAUGUGAGCCAAUACCUCUGUAUUGGACGCUUCUCAGCAGUUUCCUUCCAAGUUUUAGGUCAUAUGAAAACAGUAUGCGUCCUCACGUUGGGGUGGUUGCUGUUUGAUUCACAGUUAACUUUUAAGAACAUUAUGGGGAUGAUCAUUGCAGUUAUUGGAAUGAUAAUAUACAGUUGGGCCAUGGAGAUUGAAAAGCAAUCCAAUACCAAGAUCACCCCUCACUCGAAAAACAGCCUUACAGAAGAGGAACUUAGGCUAUUGCAGGAGGGAGUUGAGAAAACAGCUGCGAAGGAUAUUGAACUCGGUGAGUCAAAGGGGUAGGUUGGCAUCUACUUCCACAGGAAGCACACUUCUCGUCUCCUUUGUAGCUUUCUUGACUUGUCUCACGGCAAGGUUUGGUGCACGUCUCCUGAUCCUUUCAUCAUUUGAAGGAAGAUUUAGAAAUUGUGACAAUGCUAGGCAAUAUUUGCUUUUUCCUGAAGUUUUUUAUCGUCUUUUUUUUUUUUUUGUAUUUAUUUAAUCUUUUGUUCAGGUGGAUUUGCAUACAGAUGAGAUUAUGGAGCAUUGAGGGGAAAAGAAAAUGUGAAAUCUAAUUGUUGUACAAUUCUACAGUCUAUUUAUUCAUUGCUGAACCAUUGCAGUUA